UGUAGGCCAAUAAGGCGACCAAAUGUAAUUAAAAAUUCAUUAUUAAAUCAUCCACCUCCCUCUUCCUCCGGUGUUUAUAACCUCCUUUUUGCUUUAUGCUGUUUAGCCCAAACCCCUCCUCCUCUCGCUCUACAAACCUAACCAAAACCACUUCAAUUACCCACUAAAAAUGACAGGUUCUGGAGCCCCUUGCGGAGCUUGCAAGUUCUUGAGAAGAAAAUGUGCUAAAGGAUGUGUUUUCGCACCUUAUUUCUGCCAUGAACAAGGUGCUACUCAUUUUGCUGCCAUCCACAAGGUUUUUGGUGCAAGCAAUGUCUCCAAGCUGCUUGCUCACCUUCCGGUCAGUGAUCGCUGUGAAGCAGCUGUCUCGAUUUCGUAUGAAGCUCAAGCUAGGCUUCAGGACCCCAUUUAUGGCUGUGUUUCUCAUAUCUUUGCUCUCCAACAGCAGGUUGUCAAUCUUCAGGCACAGCUUGCUUCUCUUAGGGAACAAGCAGCUCAGGGAAUUGUUAAUGGAGGCUCUGUUACCGCAAACCCUAAUGACAAAUACCUUGGAAAGGUUCCUUCUCAGCUCCAAGAUGUUCAACUUCAAACCUGGUUUUACUCAGAAAAUUCAAGCAUGGCACCUAAUUUUAACCCAACGAACUCAAACUGUGAGACUAAUAGUUUUUUUUAUCCAAACUCUUUAGCAAAUUACGAGAAUUCGGUCUCUUCAUCAGGAGAAGAUCAUGUCUCGUACACUACUUUCGGGCAGGCUUCUCAUUCCAUGUCUUCUUCCUUUGACGUGCUAACAAACAACAGGCAAUGGGGUUUCCAGGAAGACGAUGACCUUCAACCAAUGGCCUUUGGAUAUACUAACGAUAUUCAUGCUGAGUGUGAUCAAGAGAUUUUAAUAUAA